GGUGACGUGAUGCUCACAUGACCGCCCCGGCGCAGAUGUGGGCACCAGAACUGGAGCCCGCCCUCUUCCCCUGCGGUCGGGUCCGGAGCGAUCUGUGAGCUCCUAAUUGUUGCUGCAGGUUCUUUCAGGUCUGCGUGUCUUUUCUCAGCACUUUGCAAGGCUAGAAAAGGAGGAGGAAUCUGUUCAUAAUCCCUGCAGGACAGGAAAAGGAGGGGAAAUCUCAACAUGGAAAAACUCUGCAAUGAAAAUGAAGGAAUGUCUGAGAACCAAGGAGAGAUGGAAUGUAAAGAACAGCCACAGGAUGUGGGAAAGCCAGAAGUAGCUUGUACUUUGGAAGACAAGGAAAAGUUAGAAAACGAGAGAAAGACAGAAGAUGAGGAAAUACUAAAGGAUAAGGAAAAGCCAGAGAGUAUGACAAAGCCAACAGAUGGAAAGCCAGACAGUGAGGGAAAGCCAGAGAGCGAGGGACAGCCAGUGAGCGAGGAAAAACCAGUGAGCGAGGGAAAGCCAAAAGAAGGAAAACCAGUGAGCGAGGGAAAGCCAAAAGAAGGAAAACCAGUGAGCGAGGGAAAGCCAAAAGAAGAAAAGUCAGAGAGUGAGGAAAAGCCAAAAGAAGAAAAACCAGCCAGUGAACCAAGGGCUGCAGGAAAGCGCCCAGCUGGGGACGAUGUACCCAGGAAGGCCAAAAGAAAAACCAACAAGGGGCUGGCUCAGUGCCUCAAGGAAUAUAAGGAGGCCAUACAUGAUAUGCAUUUGAGCAAUGAGGAGAUGAUAAGAGAAUUUGAUGAGAUGGCCAGGGUGGAGGAUGAGGUGAAGAAAACCAGGCAGAAGUUGGGGGGGUUUAUGUGGAUGCAAAAAAGCUUACAGGAUCCCUUCCACCCGAGGGGCCCAAGGGAACUCAGGGGUGGCUGCAGGGCCCCACAAAGGGGCUUUGAAGACAUUCCUUUUGUGUAGUGCCCCUGGCAGGCAUUUGUCAGGCCAUGUGCUUUAACCUUACGCUAAUACUUGCUUUAGCGAUCACUAUUAGUCCUCGAUGUUUCAGUAGUAGAUUUUUGUCCAUUGCAUGGGAAAAUGUUUAUGGCACAUUGUAAAAUUAAAAAGAAAAAGUUUGAUGAACCAUA